GUCUUCUUGGGGUGGUAGAAGCGUGUCAUGAUGAUGUGGGUGUGGGUCCUUCCCGGUGCUCUUUUAUAGCACCCUCGCUUAGAUCCUUGCUUGCAGUUUUGUGCGCUUAAAUGGCCCUUCUAAUCCCGCCUAUAUAAGCAGCUCAAAUCCUUCAUCGGAUGCACGGGGGCAGAACAAGUUUCGGAGCUCAAGUUUCCUUUGUAUCGACAUCCAUGGUGUCCUUGCAAGCAGCCCUUUCUCCGGAGGACAGGAAAGCAUGCCCCGACCUCGAGAAUUCCCUUUGUAAGAAAAGGAAGUGCAGAGAUGCAGAAGCGAGCGAAGAUGAUUGGUUUGUGAAGGAGGCCAAGUUUGUGAAAGCUGAGGAGGACGACAUCCGGCUUAAUCUCGACGCCCCCUUGCCUUUGGAAUGGCAGCGCUGCCUCGAUCUCAAGUCAGGGGAGAUUCACUUCUACAACACCAGAACGCACAGGAGGACCUCUAGGGACCCCAGGCUCAACUUGGAACCACCGAGCUCGCCGCUAAGCCUGGACCUCGAGCUCAACCUCGCAUGCGAGCCACCGAGAAGCCACAUCGAUGGAGGAGGAAGAGAGGAGGAGCGGAGGAAGCAAGACAAUUCCGGUGGCAAAGCGUGCUCCUUGUCGUGGGUGUCCCUCGACGCCGGCCCCGAAGAGAUGAUGGCCACGGUCUGCAUGCGUUGCCACAUGCUGGUGAUGAUGAACAAGGCGACCUUAUCAUGUCCAAACUGCAAGUUCAUUCACCCACCGGAUCACGGCUCCUCGACGUCGAUCAAGCCAGGAUUCAAGCUUUUAUGUUGCAAGGAUUAGCACUUCAAACUGAUGGAAGCCUUCCUCACUGUUCUUACAUUCGAUGGGUGAAGACAGAUACAAGGAAUGUGGACUUUUGUCAUGCCUAUGUAAAUAUUACAACUUGACAUAAUGUUUAAUAGAUUUCCCAUUCUCUUGGAAUCUGUAGCUGAAGCAAUCAACAUCUCAGUGCUUGUAACUUUCUAUCUUCUGAAAUAAGAACAGUGGGUUUGCAGCAGAGUUACUCUA